AUGAGCGUGGCGAGCGAUACGUGCUUCCUCAUAAAAGACAUAAAACCCGGACUGAAAAACUUAAAUGUCAUCUUUAUUGUGCUGGAGAUCGGGCGAGUCACCAAGACGAAGGAUGGGCAUGAAGUGAGGUCUUGCAAAGUGGCGGAUAAGACGGGCAGCAUCACCCUCUCCGUGUGGGACGAGAUCGGCGGCCUCAUCCAGCCGGGGGACAUCAUCCGCCUGACCAAAGGGUAUGCAUCUCUGUGGAAAGGAUGCCUGACGCUUUACACAGGACGAGUAGGCGAGCUGCAUAAAAUUGGGGAGUUCUGCAUGGUGUACUCAGAAGUGCCAAACUUCAGUGAGCCUAACUCAGAACAUGUCGGGCAGAACAAACUGGCACAGGGUGAACAGAAUAAUAGUUCUGCAUCAAGCAAUAUGGGUUCUUGUACUUUUGGGCCUCUGGGAAAUGGUUUACAAACUGGACCUGAAUCAAGUGGAUUUCCAUUCACAUAUAACCAUGGCCACAGUUACGCAGGUAGUGGGAGAGGCAGUGGGCGAGGACCUAUAAAUCCAGCACCAGCUAAUAGCCUUCAGCCUCAUCCCCCUGCUGUCAGUAAUGGGAGGGACCCACGCAGAGCCUUUAAAAGAUGA